GAUGCAUUUAACCGAUAUUAGCGCGACAAAGAGGGAAAACAAUCUCGUUUACGCCGAUCUAUAAUAAUUUUAAUAACAAAAUAAAAGCGAAGCAUGUAGAAUUUAAAAAAGAAAACAAGUAAAUUUUUUGUGUUCUGUAAGUGAAAGAAUUCAAAUUAUGCAACUGAUUAAGCAACAUAAAAUGGUUCUAAGCAAAAUUUUUAAAAGCUUCUUUAAAGCUGAACAAAUCCAUGUCGCUGUUUAUUACUCAAGGAUGAACAUCUGCAGUUAAUAAGUUAACGUUAUGGCCAAAUGCUUUUCAAGAGAAUCAGAUUUUGGACUGUGAUUUUAUUGCUCAUCCUUUAUGUCAUUGGUAUACUCAUUUUAACUGCAGUAUCUUUACACGAUACUAGAGGCUCUUACAAGAGUGGCUCAAGCAUACACAGUAGAUACAACUCCAAAUCGAGGAGUUUCGAUUAUGGUCUUCCUGGUUUUAAGUCUCGUUUGCGUCGUCCAAAGGUAAACUGGUGUACAGAUUUGAAAUAUAUUAAUCCACCUGGACCGGCCAUUGCUCUAGCUUCGUUUCCUGGAAGCGGAAAUACUUGGUUAAGAUAUCUGUUACAACAAGCUACAGGUUUCCACACUGGAUCUGUCUACAAAGAUUACGGGCUUCGUAAAAAUGGUUUUCCAGCCGAAAGCAUAUCCAAUGGUUCAGUAUUAGUAGUGAAGACUCAUGAGUGGGGACCAAGAGCUAGAUGUAAUUUUUCUAAAGCAAUUUUACUCGUCAGGACUCCGGCCGCUGCCAUACAAGCAGAAUUCAACAGACAGAGUGGCGGCCAUAUUGGAUUUGCUGCUCCAGAUAGAUACAAACGACUGAGAGGGCGGUGUAAGUUACAAUACAAUAUAAUUUUAUAUAAAAUAAUUUACCCGUAAAUAAUAAUGCUUAUACUUUGUGAACAAUAUUCAUAAAGUCUGCAAACCGCUCCUUAAAGAUGAAAGGUCUUGUGUGCUUGACUUGACACUGUCAAAU